AAAGGACGAGGCUGAGGGGUGCUGAUCCGCAGGGGGUCCUGAAUCGCAGAGGUGCUGAUCCGCAGGGGGUCCUGAAUCGCAGAGGUGCUGAUCCGCAGGGGGUCCUGAUUCAGAUCUGAUGGCAAUGUACCACAAGGAGCAGUGAAGAUACCAGGCAGCACAGAGGGCACAGUCCUUGCAGGUAUGAGUGACAGCGGGUGACGGCAGGUGACAGCGGGUGACACGGCUGUGAUCCUGUCUGCGGUGACUCGGAGCCGAUAAGAGGGAUCAGGUCCCCGCCGGAGCUUGCAAUCUAACACCAGGGUCACCGAGGAUGGUGAAAUAUUGAUCAGCAGCAGUCUGCGACAUGUCGUGCAAUUCGGGGGAGUGCAGGGGGCUCCCCCUCUACAGCCGCUACACGGCCCCCCCUGCUCCGGACCCCAUGCAUUACUCCUCCGUGGCCCUCGGCGCAGACCCCCCCUUAAACAAUGGCUCCGGGACCCCCUGCACCACUCAGGACCCCACGUUGCAGGUGAGCGACCAGGCUGGGGGGGGCGCCAAGGACGUCCGCGCCGAAUACUCCCCCAAGUGCUUCUACCGCCACUACCUGACCCGCACCAGCAUGCAGGGCGACAUCUACAACUUCCUGGAGCGACCCAGCGGAUGGCGCUGCUUCAUCUAUCACUUCAGCGUGUUCCUCCUCGUCCUCAUCUGUCUGAUAUUCAGCGUCCUGUCCACCAUAGAACAUUACUCCGAAUUCGCCACGGGGACUCUCUUCUGGAUGGAGAUCGUCCUGGUGGUUUUCUUUGGUGCCGAGUACCUGGUGCGGCUGUGGUCGGCCGGAUGCCGCAGUAAAUAUGUCGGCUUCAAAGGUCGGAUACGCUUCGCUCGGAAGCCCAUCUCCAUAAUCGAUCUCAUCGUGGUCAUCGCCUCCAUCAUCGUCCUCAGCGUCGGCUCCAAUGGACAAGUCUUCGCCACAUCUGCCAUUAGAGGGAUCCGAUUCCUGCAGAUUCUCCGCAUGUUACAUGUAGAUCGUCAGGGAGGAACGUGGAGACUUCUGGGAUCUGUAGUGUUUAUCCAUCGCCAGGAGCUGAUCACCACCCUGUAUAUCGGAUUCUUGGGGCUGAUCUUCUCCUCGUAUUUCGUCUACCUGGCAGAGAAAGAUGCUGUAGAUGAAGAAGGGAGGACAGGGUUUUCCAGCUACGCUGACGCCCUCUGGUGGGGAGUGUUUCCUGUCGCACAGGUCACCGUGACAACCAUAGGAUACGGGGAUAAAGUCCCACAGACCUGGAUUGGGAAAACCAUCGCCUCCUGCUUCUCCGUCUUUGCCAUAUCCUUCUUUGCUCUUCCAGCGGGGAUUCUGGGCUCCGGUUUUGCCCUUAAGGUUCAGCAGAAGCAGAGGCAGAAACACUUCAACAGACAGAUCCCAGCGGCGGCAUCGCUGAUCCAGACCCUCUGGAGAUGUUACGCUGCUGAGAAGUCCUACAGCUCCACAGCCACAUGGAAGAUCUACCUGACCCCUCCAGAUCAGGGGAACAAGACGACGGCGGCCCCGCUCAGCCCGGGCACACGGAGGCAGAACAGAAGAUGUAAGAAGAAGACCAAGUCUGUGCACGAGGCCCUUGUCACCCCCACAAGUCCCACAUUGGCCCCGCUGUGCCUGUCCGCCAUACCACGGGGGCCCCGGGUGGGCUCACCGGAGAACGCUCUGUCUGUCCCUCACAUCACUUAUAAGACGGAGGGCGAGAAGAGAGACAUGAACUUCCAGGGGCCCACAGGUCGCUGUAGGUCUUGGUCCACCCUCUCUAUCUGCACAUCCAGUCUCUCCACAAUACAAGUGAGGGGUCGGCCGGACGAAUCUCUGCCGGAUAUUUCCAGGACUAAUAGCUACACGGAUGACAUGGACGCCAUGAGCGAGGAGAGCCCUCUGCCAGCGGUGACAGAUCUAUCACAACUGACAGACGCCCACAGGACAGCAGUGAAGGUCACCCGCCGCAUGCAGUAUUUUGUUGCCCGCAGGAAAUUCCAGCAAGCUCGGAAACCAUACGACGUCCGGGACGUGAUCGAGCAGUAUUCCCAGGGACACCUGAACAUGAUGGUGCGGAUCAAAGAGCUGCAGAGGAGACUGGACCAUUCUCUGGGUAAACCCGGCCUCUUCCUCCCAGAGAAGGGCGUGGAUAAAGGCUACUACACGGUGGGAUCGCGGCUCAUGCGGCUGGAGGAGAAGGUCUCCCAGAUGGACAACAAGUUGGAUGAAAUCCUUCGUGUCUUCCGAGCUCAGUUGGUGCCAGAGGAGGAUCGGGUGUUACCCUCUGCACCCUCCUCUCCGUCCCCCCACCGGCUGCACCCCUCUCACAGCUCCCCCACCCCCAGCCGGCGGUUCUGAGCCACCACCUGGCACCCACCAGCUGUGAACGUGGCAGAAGCCACCAAGCUCCAGAAGAGGCUUCCCACCCACCAAGGGUCCAGCGGAGGCCCCAACGGGCACCAUGUUAGAGAUGCCACAGAACCCCAUAGGUGGUGCCACACAGAGAGGCCACGUAAUGGACGCCAGGACCUGGAGGACCAGAGACUACUAUGAGGGACGCCUGCGCCACCAGGGAGAGGACCUCCGAGCUGCAGCCAUGGCCGCCCCCUUCUGGGCACUCCGCCUUCUUCUGGCCCAUCUGGACCUUGUGUCAUGAAUGUCUCUUACUAUGCAGUGAAAUCUGUGACAUCUGGCCCAUGGGUUCCUUAGGUGCCCCCCGCGUCCCCCCAAUAACCUCUGCUAUAUCACAUAGAGGCCACUGUGGGCGGAGACCAGGACCCCCCAUUAUAGAGGGCUAGAGGGGGUGUUAACCUAUUUGCCUUAUAUUGACCCCAGGUGACCCCCUCCCCUAUGUAACAAUCCAUCCCCCUCCCGGACAUCACGAGUCUCAUCAUCUGCAGACAACAUAACUCGUCUACUGACCUACAGAAAUAUGCAAAUGUAUGCAAAUGAGUCUGGAGGGGAAUUAUUAAAGACUA